AGCCAACGCCGACAACCUCGCCUUCAACCCCCAGACCGCGCCCAUAGAGCUUACGCAAAUCUCCGGAACCCGUUGCUGCAGCUGAAGCCGUCAAUUACAAAUACACAGAUCCACCACCCGCCAUCAUGUCUGGAAGCGCAGGCUACGACAGACACAUCACCAUCUUCUCGGACCAAGGUCGUCUAUACCAAGUCGAGUAUGCAUUCAAGGCGAUUACGGCAGCAAACAUCACAUCAUUGGGCGUGCGGGGCAAGGACUGUGCAGUAGUCAUCUCGCAGAAGAAGGUGCCUGACAAGCUCAUCGACCCCUCCUCCGUAUCCCACAUCUUCCGCCUGUCGCCCUCAGUUGGUUGUGUCAUGACUGGAUCCAUUGCCGAUGCGAGAGCCUCCGUGAGCAGAGCGCGGGGUGAGGCUGCUGAGUUCCGCUACAAGUACGGCUACGAGAUGCCCUGCGACGUACUGGCAAAGAGGAUAGCCAACAUCAGCCAGGUCUACACACAGCGCGCUUAUAUGCGACCGCUCGGUGUGGCCACCACCCUCAUCUCCCUCGACUCUGAAUUUGGCCCCCAACUCUACAAGUGCGACCCAGCUGGCUACUACGUAGGCUACAAGGCAACAGCCUCCGGGCCCAAGACGCAAGAGGCGCUCAACUUCCUCGAGAAGAAGCUGAAGAACAAGGAGCAUGCUGAGGGCAACUGGGAGGAGGUUGUCGAGCUGGCCAUCACCGCCUUGAGCACCGUCCUGUCGGUCGACUUCAAGAAGAACGAAUUGGAGAUUGGCAUCGUAGGAGGCCCGAAGACCAACGGCCAGGAGGGCACAGACUCCGCCUUCAGGGCGCUCACCGAAGAGGAAAUCGAUGAACGACUACAGUCAAUCGCAGACAAGGACUAAGGAAGGAGCAAUGGCCGUGGAGCUGGAACGGGCAUGUGGGUCGCUGAGGUAUGACCGAGACGUGAACCAUGACGAUAACAACAGAUAGCAUGAUACGACCUCUCAGACGUCAAAAGUGCUCCAGCAGCACCAUGAAUGAAGACGUUAGACUGUA